UGCCAUAAAAAAAGAAAAAGAAGAAGAAAAUAUUUAUCACUAAUUUACUUUGUAUUUGAUGGAUACCUACUUAUCCAUUUAGUAUAUGUAAUUAUUGUAUAACAAAAAGUUCACUAUAAUGUUGGCAAUAAAACUGUUAAAGUUGGUUAAACCAAAUACCAUUCUGAAAACAGCAAAAAGGUUCUCACCUAUGCACACAAAUCAGCUGUUCAGGCAUAAAAGUGACCUUUAUGAACCUGACUAUCUUAUUAGUAUGGAGCCUGAGGAACCAGUGUAUGACUGUUUGAAUUUACAAAUUAAAGGUUAUGACUUUGCUGUAUUAGAAGCUUACCAGAGUCAACUUCAUAAAUAUGCAGAGGUCAUGGGUAUAGAAGUUGAUGAAUGUUGGGCAACACCAGCACAGGCACUGAAAAUACAGAGGUUUAAGCCAGGAGGUACAGUAGUUGAUACUGAGUACCUUCUCAAUGUAUAUGAAAGAAAUGUUCAGGUGACUGAUAUUCCCGCUUGGGCGCUAGGUUCACUAUUGCGCGUGGCACGCGCUUCCUUGCCCGAAGGCUGCACGCUCAACGUACACGAGCACAUGCCCGAACACGAGGAAGUGAGAUAUGUCCCUGACAACGAACUCAAACAACUAAAACAGCAACUCGAGGACAUGGGUGGUAGCAGAGCUGAAAGGAAGAAGAAAAAAUAGACAAUACAUUUCAUUUUAUAUUGUU